AAUGACAUCAAUUGAUUUUUUAUUGCUCAUGCUUGCUCUUUUUAAUAGUGCUCAACCAAUUGUAGAAUUUGAUAAUCACAUAUCAGAUGAACCUGAAGUUUCCUGCCACAGUGGGUUCAUGUCACUGAAAGUGAAUACAGAAAAGAGUCCACCAUCACAUGUGUUCGUCAAAGGUCAUUUUCGAAAGGACGGCUGCUCGUUUUCAAAUACCGCCAAUGCCACAUUCGAAUUCUCCAAGUGUGACGUCAUGAGGCAAAGAGAGGCAAAUCCGAAAGGAAUGGCAUAUACAGCUACAGUAGUAGUUCAGCUUCAUCCACUCUUCACAACUAAAGUCGACAGAGCCUAUAAACUUCGUUGUUUCUACAAAGAAGCCGAAAAGGCAGUCGGUGCUGAGGUUUCUGUGAGUGAUCCGACACCAGUUCAAUUGGAAGACGAGUCUCCUCAACCAGUAUGCUCCUAUACAAUCCACAAAGAGUCCCCAAACGGACCGAUCGCAAAAUUUGCUCAACUCGGUGAUGUGCUCUAUCACGUAUGGGAAUGCCCAUCUGAAGCAUAUCAAAUGGAAGUUUAUAAUUGUGAUGUAGUUGGAGGAGAAGAAUACAGUAAGAAGGUUAUUGGAGAGAAUGGAUGCUCGGAAGACAUUUAUAUUAUGCCAAAUUUGAUUUACAACGAGAAUAGAACAAAAGCAUUUGUUAACUCAAAUGCCUUCAACUUUCCUGAUCAAAAUAAUGUAAGAAUCAGCUGCAAAAUUAGUGUAUGCCCAACACUCAGUGGAACAUGUCAUCAGCCAAAAUGUGAUGCAUCCGCCUCUUCAAUUGAUGAUGCUUCGGAGCCAAUUGGAAGAGAGCUGGCUAGAGAUGAACUGAUCACGACACCAAUGCCUACUUCAUCUACUGAGAUCCCAUCUACAACAACAACAUCCACAACUACGACGACCUCCACAACCACAGCCACAGAAACACCAACAACUACAACUGAACGACCAACUACCACAGUUACUCAGGUCCUUGAUCCAACAACCACAGUUACUCUGCCAACUGAUUUCCCAACACCUGACUCAAUUUUCCGAUUGCUGAAGUCACCAAAGAAAAGUAACAAUACCGUGUGGGAAGAUGCUGAAGGAUCUGGAAUUGAGAUUUCUGAAGGUUCACCUGCACAUGCGGAAGCUCAACAUAUGACUUCAUCUGAAGGACCAAGAACAACAAAAAGAGAGAUAAAACGAAGAGAUGCAACGGAUGUUGAUGUGUCAUCAGAUAUCACAAUUUUGGAUAGUGCAUUUGCUGCUGAUUUACCAUCACCACAAGAACAACAAUCAUCAUCACAAGAAGAAGUCCCAAUGAAAGCAGUCUGCUUACCAUAUGCAGUUUUAUGGCUUCUUCUCGGAGUCAUUCUCUUUGCAGUCUCAAUCACAUUUGGAGCACUUUGCUAUACAGCAAAAAAGAACCCACGGUUUCAAGUUCUUCCAUAACUUUCUAUAAGAUCUUUCAUUUCUAGACUUCUUUCAAUUUCCAUAAUCCUCAGAAGACCUUUCCGUUGCGUGUAAAUGUUUCCCCAAAAUCCCUUCUUCAAAUGCUUUAUUCUGUUCUCAUUUCAUCAGCCUUACAUAUUUUCCUGCCAAAAUGGGUUGUUUUCGAAUAAUUUUCCUAUUAAUUAUAACAACUAUUCCAUCUUUUUGUUUUUGAUUUGUGAUUUCUGAAUGAUAUGUUAUCUCCGUGCCAAUUUCAGCGUUUAAAGUUGAAAAAUGAAUGUCGAAUUGUUUUUUUUUAAUAUAUAAAUAGAAUCUUAUUAUUUGUAAUUUUACCGUGAUAGUUCAUAUAAGCUCUACGUGUUCAUAUUUCAAAAAUAAAACAAAAACCACGUAAAA